UUUUUUUUUUUUUUUUUUUUUUUUUACCUUGGCGUACAGAAUACCCCCAUGGUGUGGUUGGCAUCUUGAACGCGUAACGACAAAGGCGUUGGAAAUCGCUUUAUACAACGAAAAAAAGGGCCUUUGGGUGGUCUGGAGGGCGUACCUGAUUUAUUUCGGUCGGCUAUCUUUGAGCGACACUUUCGCGAGCAUCAAACUUCCUUUUUUCUUCGCUUCUUUUUCAGAAUCGAGAUGGCUGGCUUGGCUUAGGCUGCUUCGAAAUGGCCUAUUGUUCAACUUGGAGAGUCAGCCUCUCGAUUUCUUCUUUUUUUGCCGCUUGAAUCACCCGGCCCUUGCGGCUUGGGUAACAAGCGGGAACCUUUUUUUUUCCUCGUCUCUAGAUUUCAUAUAAUGGGGCACGGGUUACAAUUUGUGGGGUGGAGGGAACCAGGGGCAACUUGGGAGGGGUGGAAACGUGGGCAAUGGAGGUGGGACAAGGCUUCGGUGUCUGGGGUUUUUGUCGGUGCGUCGCUGGGCUUUUUCCUUUCCAUCAUGACGCUGGAUCUGCGUUGUUGGGUGGAGGUCUCGAUGCUUUCGUUACCUGUUUUUUAUCGGGUCUUUUUCUCACUGCUGAAGCGGACCCAAUGGGUCUGCUUGGCUUUACGAGGACAUGAUGAUGGCUUUUUGCUUUCUCUAUUUUUUUGAUACAAUCCGCAAUGUUUGUGUGGAGUGAUGUUCAGAGUCGCUGCACAUACAAGUAUAUAACAGUUUCUGGAACAGAUAGACAUUUUUUGUUAUUUUACUGAGAGGAUCUGCUUGAGCUGCUUACUCUCUCUCUCUUUGGUGAUGGUUUUUGUCUCUUUAGCUUAGUAUAGACCUGCACAACAAUAGAAAUGGGAGGCUUUGAUCUAUGAACGGCG